GAAGCAUUAGAACAGAAGAAAUGGGAAGCAUUCCUGAGGCACCACUGGGCUCAACUGAUGCAACCAUUCCUUUACUGGGCUUUGGGACUGCAGCAUGGCCUUUUGAUGGAUCCGACACCGCGAAAACUUCCAUUCUGCAGGCAAUCAAACUUGGUUAUAGACACUUCGACUCUGCUGCAAUAUACGAAUCCGAACGGCCUCUUGGUGAUGCCAUAGCUGAAGCUUUAGGAUUAGGGUUCAUUAAAUCACGUCAAGAACUGUUUAUCACGUCGAAACUGUGGUGCAGCGAUGCUCAUCCGGACCGCGUCAUUCCUGCUCUGAGAAACACCCUCCAGAAGCUGGGGCUAGAGUAUCUUGAUCUGUACCUAAUUCAUUUUCCAGUAAGUUUGAAGCCAGGGGUUGACAAGAUUCACUUUGAUCCGAAGUACGUUCUUCCUAUGGAUUUCAAGUCCGUUUGGGAAGCUAUGGAGGAGUGUCAUAGAUUAGGCCUCUCGAAAAAUAUUGGAGUGAGCAACUUCUCCUGCAAGAAGCUCAAUCAGUUAUUUGCCACCGCAAAGAUCCCUCCUGCAGUAAAUCAAGUGGAGAUGAGCCCGCUAUGGCAGCAAAAGGGGCUUCGAGCGUUUUGUAAAGAAAAGAGGAUUCAUGUUACUGCAUACUCUCCUUUAGGAGCCAGAGGAACAGUGUGGGGAACUAACAAAGUCUUGGAUUGUGAGGUGCUGAAAGAGAUUGCUGAGGCCAGAGGAAAGACAGUUGCUCAGGUAAAUACCCGUAUGACUUAUCCCACAUGUAAACUUUUUUCAGUUCUUACCUUGGCUACAUGUAUACUUCAUAGUCCGAAUUUUGAGUUAAUUAUUACAUUAUUGCCCUUUUAAAAUAAUAUUACUAUUCUACCGUACUUUAAAACUUAUCCCUUGUUUUUAUUCCAUUAGAAGCCUGAUUCUAAAACACGAUUUUUGGAAGCUAAACGUGUUUUCC